AUGAUCACUGUUGGGCGCUUGCUCGUUUUUCUUGGUCUUAUUAUCCUAACUCACGCCGCAUAUUCUGCUAUUCAACAUCGAACAUAUUUGAAGCUUACUGGAACACAAUACGACUCACUUCCGGCUGAUAUUUUCUGGCAAACGAUAUUUGGGUUUAUAAUCACGAUUAUUGGUGUUGUGCGAGUCGCUGGUGACUUUUCACUCAUUAGUUCUUCUACGGAUCCUCGCAAUAGGUCUUGGGAUUCCUUUGAUACUGUAUUUUCUCUUUCCCUUUCUAAUAACUACUUGGCACUUGGUCUUGAGAAUGGUACUGUUCAUAUUAUAACUCCCAAUUCUACUCCUGAUUCUUCUAUUUCCCUUUUUCAUUCCAUUGAUCCUUGCAACGCCUUGGCUUUCUCUGGUAACUCUUCCGAUGUUCUCUAUUCCGCCCACGAAGGAAAUGUUUUUGCUUGGGACCUUCGUAAUCCUGCUCUGCCGGUGUUUGAACUUCAAGUUAGCGAUGAGGAGAUUAAUUCAAUAGAUGUUAAUGCUCAAGAUGGAUUUAUCGCCGCCGCAGACGAUUUUGGAUCAGUUAGUCUGAUUUCGAUUUCCAAUCAAAAAGUUACACGUGUCUUGGAAAACCAUGACAAUAUUUGUUCAGCUGUCAGAUUUCGCCCCUCUUGGCCAAGUCAACUCAUCUCUUCUGGUCUCGACUGUCAGCUUGUCAUCAGGGAUUGGAAGACAGGAUGUCGUAAUAAAAAAGUCUUUUCUAUGUCUGAUUUAGUUGACCAUAGCAGGUUCGCGCCUUUAUUAAACAAUACCCAACAGACUAAAAUUGAAGGCCGUGCCAAUGUCGCUUCUAUUCGCAUUGCUUCAUCCUUUAGCCAGGAAGAAAACCGACGUAUUGUUCUCACUCACACAUUGGGCCAAGAUCUGCCUUUGAACCCACCAAUGGUUCAUAGUAUUGGCUGUAGCGAUUCGGGUGAUUACGUUAUUGCAGGUCUAGGAAAUGGAACUGUUGAAGUGUUUAAUGGUGCCAAAAAUCUUCGUCACACGGAAUCUCUUUUUGGUCAUAAACGGUCAGUUGCAGCGAUUCUACCUAUUGGGGAUUCUCAUGUACUUACUGGUGGAGACGACUGUAAUCUUUUCCUCUGGGAGCUUUCACGUGGGGGCAGUGGAACUCAAUUUGUUCAUUCUGAAAAAAUUGGCUCCCUUGUUGGACAUGAACUUUCUCGGUUUUUCAUGGCUGAUAAUACUUCUACUGUCAAGGUUAUUGACCUCUCCCGUGCUUGA